AUGGCCUCCUCUUUGUUCCACCCCCACUGUUGGAAACUGCCUCGUUCUGUCACAGACCUUCUCCAUCUUGUCCUUUCUUCCUACAUCCCAAGCAGAGAUUCCUCUGCCCUGCUGGACCCCAUCUACCAGCAGGUUACAGAUGAGCUCCAAGACUACCUAGACUCCCAUGGACAAUACUGGUGGCAGACCUCAGGGCACCUCCUCGCUGCCCUCCUCCACGAUGCCAACUACCCUCCCACCUCCCAGCACCACAUCCUCACCUUCUUCGGCCGCACAAUAGCCCCCUACAUGGGGCCGGCCUACAACCCCCGCUCACCACAGUGGCGCAGCUUCAUGACAGAUGACCAUCAUCCCAUAGAGCUAAGCUGGGACUGGCAUACUGGCCAGAAGCCCCCCACGGUGCGGUUCUCCAUUGAGCCCGUGGGACUCGAUGCCGGUACCUCCUUGGACCCAGACAACUCGCAUGCUGACGCUGUCUUCCGCAAAGCCCUCUUCAAGGCUCUGCCGGAGACCAACAUGGAGUGGUUUCAUCAUUUCGACCUUGCACUAGCUCCCACACACCAGGGUCCCGGCCUCAUGGAAGGCCACCCAUCCAAGCUCUUCUAUGCCUUUGACCUAACCGCCAAGUCCAUCAGAGCAAAGGCCUACUUCUUCCCCGGCUUCAAGGCCCGGGAGAGAGGCCAGACAAACCUCCAGGUCAUGGCCGAUGCCAUCGCUAGAGCACCACAUUGUACCCCCUCCUCAAACCAGCUUCGUGCCCUGCACGUCAUUGAGGACUUCGUACACGACAUAGACACCCCACGACUCGAAAUGGACAUGCUCGCCAUCGACAUGGAAGACCCCUCAACAUCCCGACUGAAGAUCUACUUUCGCAACCGUGCCUCGAGCUUCGCUUCUGUCCGACAGAUGAUGACGCUGGGAGACCGCAUCAUUAACCCUUCAAUGGGCCGUGGACUCCAGAACCUCCGCCGACUGUGGGACGCUAUGCUAGGGCAGGAGGGUGUCUUGGAUGACGAGCCCCUGCUACCUGCAGGUGAAGACUCGGACAACCACCGCACCGCGGGCCUCCUCUACAACGUCGAGCUUCCCGCCGGUAGCGCGGAGCCCAAGCUCAAGAUCUACAUCCCCGUCCGCCAUUAUGCCUCCUCUGACGAGACGGUCAUCUCGGCUAUCCACGGGUACAUGGAGUGCGUGGCUGGGACUGGGAAUGGAUUGGAGUAUGGCUAUGCUGAGACGAUGCAGCGCUUGUUCAGUCCGGAUGCGUUGCAACAGCGAGGUCUCCAUACGUAUAUUGGGUGCUCCGUGCAAGCUGGUGGGCAGCUGAGGGUGGUGUCUUAUGUGAAUUGUCAAGGGGGGAAGAUGGUGCAGUAG